AUGGAGAUGAACUACAAUGAAUUUAGGAAUAUACCAUUCGCAAAACCACCCGUGGGCGGUCUUAGAUUCCAUCAGCCCGUUCCUUAUGGCUCAUGGAGUGAUAUUUAUGAUGCCACCCGUUUUGGACCAUCUUGUAUCCAAUCAGUGAAUGGGAUUGUAGAUCAAUACGUACCAAAUACAAAUACAUCAGAAGACUGUUUAGUACUCAACAUAUAUGUUCCUUCCGGAUUUUCAGAGUCGAAUGCAAAAUCCGUUAUCAUAUGGGUCCACGGAGGGGGAUAUUAUCUUGGACAAGGAAUGUUUUAUGACGGUUCGUAUCUCAGUGGCAUUGGUGAUGUAAUUGUGGUAACAAUAAAUUACAGAUUAGGAGUUUUUGGAUUUUUCAGCACUAUGGACGAUGUAGCACUCGGAAAUUACGGACUCUGGGACCAACAAAUGGCGAUUAAAUGGGUUCAUGACAAUAUUGAAAGUUUUGGAGGGGAUCCAAAUUCUGUAACAAUAGCUGGUCAAUCUGCAGGUGCUUUUAGCGUGGCACUACAAGCUUUAAAUCCAGCAAACAAAGGACUCUUCCAUCGAGUGAUCGCACAAAGUGGUGCGAGAAUGUGA